AUGGGACAAGACUAUAGCUACACACAACCCUCGGAGUCAGUGUAUUAUGGUUUAGGGAACUCAGUCGACAGUGUCUUUAGCGAAACGGAAGAUCUUAUCCGCCGGGACCAAGCUGAGAUAAGCGCAAACAAUGCUCGUGCGGCUGCUCAAUACCCUCCUCAACCCGAGGUUGAGUUUGGCUUUCCACAGACAUGCUACUGUGGUCGGAAGCCUCAUCUUGCAACAUCGAAGAGUAUGAAUGAUCUAGGUAGAAGAUACUACACAUGUGAGAGUGUGGAUGAUGGAGAGUGCCAUGUUUGGAAAUGGUGGGAUGUGGCGCUUAUGGAGGAGAUGAGAGCUCGGGAUGUACACGUCCUUCAACUGGCUGAAAAGGUGGAUAAUCUUAGCCUUUUGACUGACUAUGAGACUGAGCAGAAAGUGAUCAGGCUAGAGAAGCUUGUGUCUGAUUUAGGUAAGGAGAAAUCAAGGUUUGGCAAUGGGUUUGAAGGCUUUGUAGGUGUGGCGGUUAUUGUUUUAGUUUCUAUAUGUAUGCUCCUCAUGUUUAAGUAAAUGAAGACAUGAGGAGAAGCUAGUGUCUGAUAUGUAUGCUCCUUAUGGUUAUUGUAUGCACGUUAUGGAAAUGAACCACUUUGUAUGCUAUGCACGUUAUGGUUAGUGUCUGAUAUGUAUGCUCCUUAUGCUUUGUAA